AUGCCGAACCAAAUUCAGUUUUACUUUGACUGCGUGAGCCCGUGGUCGUACAUUGCAUACAAUGUGGUAAAGCGCUAUGAGAAGGUGUGGAACGUCCAGGUCGACUUCCUGCCGCGUAGUCUGGACUAUGUCAUGAAGUUUGCCAAUAACAAGCCGCCGGUUACCGUGCCGAACAAAGGUGCGCAUAUGUUCCGCGAGCUGAGCUACGCGGACCGCAUGUUUGGCACCAAGUUGCAGUUCCCUAGCAAUUUUCCGUUUCCCACGAUGUUCCUGAUGGGAUUCUUGCGCGCCGCGAAAGACAAGGCGCCCGGGCAGUUCGACAAGCUCCUCGAAGCGAGCUUCAACACGAUCUGGCGCGACGGCCAGCCGCUCCAGAAUGCCGAGCAGAUCCAGGCCAUGGCUGAGUCCUUCUUUAAGGGCAACGAGUCGGACCUCGCGCAGCUCCUCGAGUUUGCCGGCUCGCGCGACGGCCGUCACUUGUUGCGUGGCGAAAGCGAGAAGCUUGUAGAGGAAGGCACGUUUGGUUUCCCGUGGUUCGUCGCUACGCGUGAGGACGGCGAGACGACGCAGGUCUUUGGUGUGGACCAUUUCGAGUUCCUGGCCGCGUUCUUCCACAAGCCUUACCUGGGUCCAAUGGGUACUGGCGAGACGCCGCGUUUGUAG